AUGCAUAUGUUGCUAGAAAGUAAAGUAUUAGUGGUGCACAGGGAAGAAUUCAUAUCUAUCUAUCUAUCUAUCUAUCUAUCUAUCUAUCUAUGGAGACGUAGUGCGCGGAACGAGCAAAUUGCACCGGUUGUUGCUGUCGUUGCCGUCUCGGUAGUUCCCAACGUUGCUGCCGCACUGGCUCCCUUUGACGCCACCGCUUCAUAUUACUCUUCUCUCACUUCUGGGCACUUACUUUCGCACCUCAUCUCGCUUGGCAUCUACAAAACGCGAGAACUUCGGCGCGACGCUAACAUCUGCACAGCCGUCACCGUCCCAGUCAGUCGUCAAGACCCAUUCCUGGCAUGCCGGUCAACGUUUGAUAUCUCAAUGUAUAAAUAUAAAAAUGUCUUUAUCUAUCUAUCUAUCUAUCUAUCUAUCUAUCUAUCUAUCUAUCUAUAUAUAUAUAUAUAUAAUAAAAAGGCUUAA